UAUAAUUAGUUGUAUACAAUCCUUCUGCGAAAACAGAGAUGACCCUGAAGAGUCUUGUAGUUCUUUCGGUGAUUUUGUUCAUAGUUUCAGUGAAAUGUAUUCAAAAUAAGUAUUGUCAACUGUCGUGCGACUUCGUCGUUACAACAUUCUCUCAUACAGUAUGUGACAGAAACAAUGAGAAGUGUGGUCCACAUGAGGUUUGUGGUCCAGACUUCAAAAUAAUACAGUUGUCGGAUGACCAAAGGCAGAACAUUUUGGAUUUGCACAACGACUUGAGAAACCAAGUGGCCACAGGAAAUGAAACGAGGGGGGACCAACCACCAGCGGCCAACAUGAACGUUUUGACCUACAGCAGAGAGUUAGAGUUCAUAGCACAAUGCUGGGCCAACACUUGCAAUGGCAAUCCUCUCAUCCACGACCACUGCAGAAGAACAGCCGAAUAUGAACACGUAGGACAAAAUCUCGGCUUUAUUAAUAGCUCCGCACCGGACAUUGACGUUGACAAGUCUAUGAAUGAACUCACGAUGCUAUGGUAUGACGAAGUUGCCAUUUUUGAAAGUGAUUGGGUUAAUGAAACUAUGGAUAGAGGUCCGGACGUCAAAGUGGGACAUUAUACGCAAAUGAUUUGGGCCGACACGUCCGAAAUUGGUUGCGCAGUUAGUUAUUAUUCAUCCGACACAAACAAUGAGACAUGGUAUCAUAUUGUUUAUGUCUGUAACUACGGUCCUGGAGGAAACUAUUUGGGAUUACCUGUUUAUGAAAUUGGGGAACCGUCGUCAGCAUGCGGUGGAGGUUUGGAACCCAGUGAAGAUUACGAAGGUUUGUGUGGAAAAUCGAUGAAAGUGGAAGAAGAGGACACAAAGUUUGAUAUUUUUGAUUUUUAGUAAUGUUAAUUUGAUGGUAUGAUGUAAGUUCUUAGUUGUAGGUGUUUUUCAGUCGUAGGAACUGCCACUGUAGAAGCUGUAAAUAUGCUAUUGUAGUUUUAAAGAAAUUCAUCUAUUCUUAUCGAAAAACGUUUAACGCAUCACACACUAGUUAGUAAAUGUACUGUUAAAUCUUAUAUAACAAAAUGACUAACAGUUAUGAAGCUCUUGAAAGUUUCACGUUCAUGUAACCAAAUGUUGAUUAAUAAACUAUUUGUUCAUA